ACAAACAGCUGUUUUAUUUUCUAGAGUAGUUGUGCAUGUCUCAGCUGAUUGGUCGAAUGUGAAAUUUACAUGAAUUGAUGCCCUAACCUAAACUUAUAGUUUCAUCAACAUGAGCAGCAGAGCGAAACUUAUUUUACAAUUAGCUUUGGAGGACAAUGUAAAUAAUUCUCAGCAAUUACUAUUAUUACCAGAACAAACUACUAAAGAAAACAAUGAAACAAACGUCUUAAGCUUGUCUUCGAUGGACACAAAUCCUGCACCCUCAUUGACAUCAUUACAGGCAGUUGAUCCGUUUGUUCUUCUCAACAAUGAAAAUGAAUAUAUAAUGGAAGUCGAAUCAGAAAGUAAUAAAGAAUUCGCUACUGAUGAAAAUAUUGUUUGGAAUGAUGGUAUUACCAACCAGGAUUUUCAGUCAUAUGAUAUCUCCUUUUCAUCGCAAGGCCUAGUUGCUGAAGAAGAGGAUAGUCUUCAAGAAUUGGCUGUCUCUGGUAAUGCAGAUAUCCCAUCACCAGGAACUUCUGUUUUGUCAUCUAACGUAGAUGACACUGAUAUUGAUAGCACAUACUGUCCUCGUUUCAACUCAGAGUCAGAACUAUCUACUGAUGAGUCUAUAGUGAGUAUUACUAGAGUUGCUUCAAAGGUUUCAAGUGACAGUACUUCUUAUGUGAGGAGGAGCCAAAAGAUAGCUCAAGACAAAAUUCUACUGGUUCCUUACACUGAUUCGGACACGGAGGAAGAAGCAAACAAAACCAAUCCUAAUGUAAAAAAAGGAAAGAAGAGGGUGAGGAAUGAAAACAAAUGGAAAAAAUGUGUGAGGAAACAGCUAAGAGUUAGUGGAAAAAACUAUCUUAGUGCUAAGGGAGCAGAGAUUAAAGCAAGAUCUCUGAAAUCUCCUUGCAAAUCUACUUGCCGUCUCAAGUGCUAUCAGCGCUUUACCAAAGAUCAGAGAGAAGGUAUAUUUUCAGAUUUUUGGAGAGAAGACAGAGACUGGGAUUCUAAACGUCAGUUUGUUGUUUCCUGUAUAAGCAGCAAGCCUGUCGCUAGGUCCAGGAAGAAAGAUGGCUCAAAGGGAAACCGGGCUCAAAGUAAUAAAUUUAGUUUUCAAAUAAAUAGUUGUGAAGAAAUAGUCUGCAAAACAUUUUUCCUAAACACUCUGGCUAUCUCUGAGAUGUUUAUGCGAAUAUCACAACAGAAAACAAGCAAGACAGGAAUGGUUGAGCCUGACCAAAGAGGUAAACAUGUACCUGGAACAAAAAUUAAGAAUGAAAUAAUAGAUGGAAUUAAAUCUCAUAUUUCAAAAUAUCCAGCGUAUCAAAGCCAUUACAGCAGAGAACGUAUAAGCAGGAAAUAUUUGGGCAAUCACCUCAACAUUAACAAAAUGUAUGGACUGUAUGUUGAAGAGUGUAGAGAAAAACAAGUUAAUCCUGCAAAGAAGUGGUUGUUUAGCAAAGUGUUUAAUGAGGACUUUAACAUGGCAUUCAAGUUACCAGACAAUGACACAUGCGAUGUGUGUGAUGAAUUUGAAUGUAGAUUGAAGAAUAAACAAAAUUCAGAAGAAUUGGAAGAGAUUAGCAGGAGACACCAAGAGCAUUUAGAUGAGGCUGCGUCCAGAUAUCGUUUGAAAAGGGAAGACAAACUUCAUGGAAAAGAAGAUCACAAAAGCAAAGUAGUAAUGGCUGACCUUCAAAAAUGUCUCCCUACACCUAAUCUUACAAAUUCACAAAGCUUUUACCUAAGGAAACUUUGGACACUAAAUUACACGAUUCAUGAUCCUGCAAACAAUAAGACCUGGUGCAUGCUAUGGGAUGAAGUAACAGGGGGUAGAGGUGGAAGUGAAAUGGCCUCUUGUUUUUAUGCUUGGGCAAGUAGAGAUAUUAUUGAAAGCGGAAUUGAGAAAUUAACCGUCUGGACAGACAACUGUAGCGGACAAAACCGUAACAUGAACAUGAUUUUAAUGUAUAUGAACCGCUAA